GUACGUUUUUUUGGUUCAGUUAUGUAACAUAACCAUAAUCAAUUUUUAUCGAGUUUAAAUAGCUCUUGCAGGUUUCAUCGGAUUAUUCGUAAAAUAAGAUGUAUUGAUUAUUGUAAUUCACAAAUUUUUACAGCAAAACAGCGUGCACGUUUUGUUGUUUAUACAAAGCUGAACAAAUCUAGUAAAAUCUAUAUGUCAAAUCAAAUGUCAAUAGUGUAGCGAAACGAACGGUGAUUUCAUGUAACAUUGUUAUUUGUCAAAAUAAUAGAUAGGUAAAUAUUCUGAUGUGGCCAAAAUUAUGAAUUUAAAAAUUUUACUCUAAGCAAUUCAUUGUUUAUAAUGCCUUGAUAGACAAUUGUACAUAGAAUGGCAUUCCAAACACUGCGCAAUGAAUACAUGAACAUGCCCCCGGUGACGAGGGCUUACACCACUGCUUGUGUUAUUACUACUCUAGCCGUUCAAUUGGAAUUAGCAUCUCCGUUUCAACUCUAUUUUAAUCCAAUUUUAAUUUUAAAACAAGGCCAAGUAUGGAGGCUCAUCACAACAUUCCUAUUUUUCGGAACGUUCGGUUUCAAUUUCUUCUUCAACAUGAUCUUCACAUAUCGAUACUGCAGAAUGUUGGAGGAAGGAUCGUUCAGGAAUAGAACUGCAGAUUUCGUUUUAAUGUUUUUAUUCGGCGCUGUGUGCAUGGUCGGUUUUGCGUUUUUUGUUAAUUUACUAUUCUUAGGUCAAGCGUUUACUAUAAUGUUAGUGUAUGUAUGGUCGAGAAGAAACCCAUUUGUCGGACUCAACUUUUUUGGUCUAUUAAAUUUCCAGGCACCCUAUUUACCGUGGAUUUUACUAGCAUUCUCCGUGCUGUUGGGAAACGCAGUGUAUGUAGAUUUAAUGGGUAUCGCCGUAGGACACAUUUACUACUUUUUAGAAGAUGUGUUCCCGAAUGAAAGAGGCGGAUGUAAAAUAUUAAAAACACCGAAUUUUUUGCGAACGCUCUUCGAUGUGCCUCCGGAAGAUGCUGAUUACCAAAGAUUACCGGAAGAUAACCCGGGGGGUUUCGAAUGGGGAGCCCAAAAUGAUAAUCAAAACGAAGGUGAAAAUAAUCAGGAACAAAACGACGUGAAUCGAUAAGAUCAGUAAUCGAGGCACUUGCAGAAAAGAAAACUAUCUUCGACUAGACAUGACAGUAGUUAUGUUUAAAAGCCCCUCUCCCCCGUGAAACUUUUUCUGCAUAUGCUCGGCGUUUGAAUCGCAAAAAAUUUUCUAACUUACAAAGUCUAAGUAUAAAAUAAAUAUAAACAAACUAUUCCCUUAAAACACAGGUGUACUAUAAUAAGAAAAAUAAAAUGUUAUUAUUUUUUUGUUAAUACAUAUUUUCCUCUUA